AUGAGACCUAUUCCGGUGCGGUCUCCUAUUGUCCGAAUAGCCAAUGGCACUUUCUACCGCCAUCACCCGAGCGCUCAUGUAGCUCAUCCGAAUCCGCCUCUGUUCUCGGAGCUGUCUUUUGAGCUGCCUUCUGAUCCAAGCUCACAACACCGCUGGGCUAUUCUGGGUCCUUCAUUAUCCGGGAAAACUACGUUUCUACAGAUCUUGAGAGGCCAGCAUCUAUGCAUUCCCGCAAUAGGACGAACAUUCCCCUACUUGGCCACUGAUGCAGUCCCUCAUCGGCUAAGAUCCGCCAACAAGGCGAUCCAAUAUGUUGGCUUCGAUGCAGAGAAGUCCGGCGGAGGGUUGGGCCCAGCUACCUCGGCGUAUUUGUCCGCGCGGUACGAGUCUCGGCGGGAAAUAACCGACUUCUCGCUCAAGGACUACCUGACAGGGAAUACGGAACUCAACCCGUACUCCCUCCCCGAUGAUGAGGCUGGCAUCAGUCCGGAACUCCUGGAGAAGGUCACAAUAGACCUGAAGCUCAAGCCGCUACUGGAACUCCCUGUGUCAUUCCUGUCGAACGGCCAGGGUAGAAGGGCGCGGAUCGCGAGGGCCCUGCUCACAAGCCCUGAAGUCUUGCUGCUCGAUGAGCCAUUCAUGGGGCUCGAUCCGCCGACGGUAGCAUCGUUGAGCCCAUUGUUAAAGUCAAUGGCUACCAAAGCUUCUCCGAGGCUGGUUUUGAGUGCGCGGCCGCAGGACCCGUUACCGGACUGGAUCACACAUCUAGUUUACUUGAGAAGUGACUGCCAGGUUGGAGUCAUGGGCGACAAAGAGACUGUGAUAGAAGGUCUACGGAGGUAUGUUCGAGGCGUCCGAAAGGGCGGCUUGGUCGAGGAUGAGAAGAUGCCGGUGAAAUCACUUAGAGAGAUGGGCCAUACCUUAACCGAGAAUGGUAUCACAGGGACCGGCUUGGGUGAAGAAGGCGAGUCUGUUGCUAGUGCGGCUACGCCCCAGCGAACCCAAAAAGAAGAGCAGAAAUCACAAGGGGAGCCACUGGUCGAGAUGGAAAGCUGCCAGGUGAAAUACGGAAACAAGAUUGCACUUGGCAACUGGGAAGUGGAAGAGAACGGUGAAUCCGUCAAGGGACUGUCAUGGACAGUCAGGCGAGGUGAGAGAUGGGGUGUCUUCGGUCCCAACGGUUCUGGAAAGACGACGAUUGUAUCUCUCCUCUGCUCAGACCACCCUCAGACCUAUUCAUUGCCGAUAAAGCUUUUCGGUCGCAGCCGCUUACCGGAGCCUGGGUCGGGACAGCUGCCACUCACCUUCUGGGAUAUACAGCGACGAGUGGGCCAUUCCAGCCCUGAGGUCCACCAACACAUCCCGAGAAGACUGACGAUUCGACAAAUCAUAGAAAACGCCUGGGCUGACACGUUUGUAAUGACACCAAAGCUUGACGAGGAAGCCCGUGCGAAGGUUGAUGCGAGCUUGCGGUGGUUUGAGCCCGAGUUAAACCCUGCAUAUCAAAAGACGGCGGCUGACAGCGCAUAUGACAUUUCAUGGGCAAGCGACUACAUCUUCGGCGAGAUAUCGUUCAGCGCGCAGCGAGUCCUGCUCUUCUUGAGGUCGAUGGUCAAGAACCCAGACAUUGUUGUCCUCGACGAAGCGUUCAGUGGCAUGGACGAGGGCGUCAGAGACAAGUGCAUGCUGUUCCUUGCGCAUGGCGAAGCGAAGACGUACGCGCAGGGCACCAGACAGAUCACCAGCCGAGAGGGCUCUGGCUCUGCCACGGAGACUGAAGUGGUCGACAGCGAGCAAGCAAAAGCCGGCAAAGUGAAGGUUCUUGGCCUGUCGGACCAGCAGGCCUUGAUCUGCAUCAGCCACAUAAAGGAGGAGGUGCCCGACGCCGUGCGGGAGUGGUUGUGUCUGCCUGAGGCUAACUCUGAACUGCCGGCGAGGUUCGGGCGGCUGGACGGCCCGCUGAGAACCAAUGCGAGGAGGUGGAGUGAAAUUUGGAAUAUCGGGAGAAUUUGA